AAAGCCAUUCUAACAAAAAAAAAAAGUGAGGGCCAAAGAGCCCAGAGUAUAAUAAAUAAUAAUAAUAUAUGGUGAGGUGAGGGCCGUGAAGAGACUGAGGACCAUCUGAAGACUUCGUGCAAGCCCCGACCCCGAACCUUGAUGGUUCUAUAUCGUGUUAAACAAAUGUUCACACACUACUGAUUACUAUUUCUCUAAAACAUGAAUGCCCACAGUAGAGCUCGGAACGUCUUUUGCGCGACAUGUCUAAGCCAGGGCAGACAAAUGUUUACGAUGCCGUUACAAGACAUCAAACCCGUUUCUAUGUUUUAUAAAGAAUUGACGCUGACCAACAACGACAAGAUUUGCUGGGAGUGCAAACAUUUUGUUAUAAAAAUGGUCAACUUCAAAUUCAGAGCCCUAAAAGCGCAGAGUACUCUUGCGGUCAUGAUAAAUAAACAACCAAUAUCACUUCCAAGUCUAUCCAAGCUUAGAAUAUCCAAGGGCACACACUUGGAAAUAACAAACCCACCUCAAAAAAUGACUACAGAACAAAACCCAGAUCCGCUUAUGGAUAUAUUGAAAUCUGAACCUGACUUGGAUUAUGCUCUAAAUAAUGGAUGGAACGUGGAGCUUGCACCCAUAGAAUCAGGCGAAAAAGAUGAAGUUACGUUUGAAGUGUAUCAACAUAAAGUAAAACCAAGUGAAACACUUGACACUGUGCUUAAACUUGAACCUGUAGCUGAACGUGAAACUCCUGGAGCUAGGGAAGCUAGUGUGUUUCAAGAACCUGUACCUGAAAGACCAACUUCUGGAGUUUGGGGUGGAGUUGGAUUUGCGGAUGCAACAUUAAUGUCACUCUUAAAUAGAAGACAAAUGUCAUACCCACCAAUAAGCGCAGUACUCCAACGAAAACUACCAAUGAUGGAAGUUCCUUCAUUACGAAUUCUACCAAAAAACCCUAUACCUGUGAUAAAUGUACAAAAACGCUCACUUGAAAAGACUUCGGAAAAGCCAGUACCCGAUCCAUCAGGCCCUUGUUUUACAGAAGAGAGAUUGACAGAAGAGGAGAGACAGAGAUGGUGGGAGAGUAAGAAGGAGAAUGAGUUUUAUACAGAUAGAAUAGAAGUGUUUAAAUGUAAGAAAUGUGUGGAGCCCUUUUCGACGCGGAGGACGUUUUUGAGUCAUGAGAAGAUGCAUACUGAGUUGUUUGGCAAGCAUUCCUGCAAGAUUUGCGAGCUAAGGUUCCAUACUGAGCAAGCCCUGGCGACACAUAAGGACACGCAUUAUAGACUGUUGAAGUGUACCCGCUGCGCUCACACGUGGGACUCCCAUAACUCCAUGCGGCUGCACUGCGAGAUCGAACAUAGGAUCCCAGUUACUGUCUGGACUUGCGUCAUCUGUUUAAAAGAAUUGACGGAGUACGGAAGAUAUUUGAACCACCUGCGCGGCCACGGCCGCGAGUCCUGCCCUCAGUGUGGGAAGGGGGUCUUCGUCGCCCGCAUGAAGUGCCACAUGCUUACGCAUAAGGUCGUCGACCGACCAUUCAACUGCUCAGAGUGCCACAAGAGUUUCAAAAUCAAACAACACCUCACAUUGCACGUCACCCGGGUGCAUUCUUCCAAGGAUGAAAUGAUGUAUUGCGCACAAUGUGACAAGCAGUUCAAACACAGCUACUCGUACAAUCAUCACAUGAAGUACGCAAGCGAACAUAUUUCCAAGGGAAACCUCAUGCAUAAUUGCACAGAGUGUAGUCGAGUGUUCCCGACUCGCGGUUUUCUGCGGCAGCACGUGGCCAGAAUGCACAGCAACGAACGGAAAUACGAGUGCCCAGUGUGCCACGAGAUGUUCAAGUCAUCGGCGACCCGGACGCGGCACCGGCGGCAGGCGCACGAGAACUUUAUCGCGCCCAAAGACAAGAUAUGCGACCACUGCGGGAAGGCCUUCAAGGAUAAAAAAACCCUCUCAGAUCACAUAAACAUGCACACAGGCAACCGGCCGUUCGUGUGCACGCUGUGCGGGGCGGACUUCGGGUACAAGAGCGCCCUCUAUCUGCACGGACGGUACAAGCACAAGAUACCGAAGAAAAAUAAUAGGCUGGCUAUUAAGGAAGUUAAAGUGAACACUGAAGAGGCAGUUGAUGACAAGUUAGACCAGGUUAACUCUGCAGCCAUUAAUAAAAAGUCACCUAUAUUUAAAUCAUAAAAAUGAUGAACACAAAAGUUUAAGAAAAAAAUGGUUUUGCGGUCACUGAAUUGUCAAACGUCAACUUUUGACAGAGUUAUCGCAAAAUGUAUGGAGUGUGGAAUUAAGAGGAGUGACAUCUCUUAUGGUAGAACUGUUGCAAAAGUGUCCAGCUGUCAGCUAUAAAUAAUAGUUCGAAAUCUCUCCAGAGUAGCGCUAGAGUAGUUAAGAACCUAGGCGCUAUUGACGGAGUGAAGUGCGCUGUCUAUGAUUUUAUUUUUUUGUUCAAGUAUUCUAGGUAUUGUAGCGCCACCUAUUUAAGGUUUUUUGAUGACACUUUUUGGUACAUGGAGAUUUAUUUCCUUACCUCCACCUUCCGUAGCAAAAUGUAUGGAGCGGUACAGCGCCAUCUCGGUUACCAGUCAAAUUCGAAGCACGAAAGUGUAUUAGAUUUUACGCAUCUUAAUCAAUGUAUAUUUGGUAUGUAUAUACCUAAAGAUCGUGCUAUUCAUGAAGACGCGCGCGUGCUUUGUGCCGUGUUGUUAUUAAAAGUUAGAUAUGAUAAAUCUGCACGUCUUCGUGGAUGAUACGUUAUUAUAUAGGUUUAGUACAUUAGGUGUAGUAAAUUUUUUGUGAAAUUAAAACCUUGGUCUUAAUUAAAAUUAUCUUUUCUAAAUAUGGUCCAAGUUUAGUCACGUCUAAAAAUGUCGAUAUGGACAGAGUGCCAAAACUAUGUAUACACGACCUUAUUGCUCAAAUAUUAAGGUAGUGUCAAAGAUAAUUUGAAAUAGAGGAUUGUCAAAGAAAACUUUGUAGCCACUGUAAAUUUACUGCCAUCUUUCGACACAUGAUUAAAACUUUUAGAACGCCAUUUAACUUUGAUCCUUAUUUGACAGUACACCAGUGGCGGAUCGUUCAAAGAACUCGAUUCCCAUCGGCUUGUCUAAUUUCAGCCCGUUCAGUACUUUCACGAUCGCUUCAUGGAGAAAAGGAAAGCAAAAUUAGCUGCGGGUUCCCCACGAAUAUUUGUGACGCGCCGCCGCUGCAGUACACCUCUACUUCAAAUUCUCUUUGGUACAUACUUUUGAGACUUGGUCCGUAUCGAUAUUUUUAGAUGUGACUGCAUUAACAUGGCUCAUUCCACUUACCUGUCAACAUGUCUUGGUUACAUCUAAGAAAAAUUGCCAUAUAUUGUCAAAUUAUUGCGCUGUAGAGUUAGCUUGGUUUAACUAUAGUCUGUCUUAUUUUUGUCAGUUUAAUUUUUUAUUGUCAGAAAUCGUAAUAACCAAAGUGACAGUUUCGUGUGAGGUAUGGAGCCUAUGGAGGGUAGAGGUAGGAGGUAGGAGGAGCACAAGGCACAAUGGGGGAACUGUUGCUAAAGUGUCCAGCUGGCAGUUGUAAAUAAUAGUUCGAAAUUUCUCCGGUGGCGCUAGGGUAGCACAAGAAAUCAGAAAUAUUUAUUGUGUAAACUGUGUAGGUACAAAAAUAUGACUAGGUACAUUUUUUGAUGAGUAUUAACAGUUUUACCCUUUUCGGGCAUACAAUUAUUUUUAUCUUAAACUAGGUUUUAAUAUUUUAUCUUAAACUAUAUUUUAAUAUACAUUUAGGUUUACAUAGACAUGACAUAAACGUUAUUGACGGAGUAAAGAGCGCUGUUAGUGAUUAGAUUUUUUUUAUCAAAGUUGAGCCAGCUAUUUACGGUUUUUUGAUGGACAAUUUUCAUACACAUAGAUUGUUCUCCUUACCUCCAUACACUCACCUGCCAUCAACAUAACUAAGUGACAGCUAAAAAAAAUUGUCAUAUAUAUAAUAUAUAUAUAUAUAUAUGUCGGAGAAUGACUGGAUCUUGCCAUCUAUCGCCUUUAAAAGGCGUUUCAUCACGCCAUGUUGACAAAUAAAGCAAGCUAGGGUGUUCCGUUACACCUGAGUGACGUUUGACGUAGUUCCGCCAAGCCGUCAUAGAGUGCGCUGUUAAAACAAUUGAAAACGAAAACAAUUGAAGUUAUGCUGUUAAUCAUUCAGACGAGAAUGGGAGAAGACGGUUCUUGGGUCAAACCCACUGGCUUGCUAAAGAUGAAUGUAACUUGUGCUAUGAUUUGUAAUCAGUCUUGCAGUAAAGACUGCGAAUUGAACAUCGUAUUUCAUUGAAAGCCCUCGUCAUCCACGAUUGAAGGUUCGGAUGUACUGUCGAUAUUUUGACGACCGGUCUGCCCUCGUGGGUAGUGACCCUGCCUAUGAAGCCGAUGGUCCCAGGUUCAAAUCCUGGUAAGGGCAUUUAUUCGUGUGAUGAGCAUGGAUAUUUGUUCCUGAGUCAUGGGUGUUUUCUAUGUAUUUAAAUAUUUAUAUAUUAUAUAUAAGAAGUACCCUCAACACAAGCCUUAUUGAGCUUACUGUGGGACUUAGUCAAUUUGUGUAAUAAUGUCCUAUAAUAUUUAUUUAUUAUUUAUUUAUUGUCGCUUGUAUGAUACGCUCACAAUUCCCGACUUCAGAAGUAAGAUUCAGUCGUUCUCCGACAUGUAUUUUGUUAAGUGGUUGUCAAAUUAUUGCGUUGGAGAGUUAACUAGGUUUAACUCUAGUGUCUUUUUUUGUCAGAUUGAUAUCUUACUGUCAAAAAUCGUAACGAAAGUGACGAGGAGUUUCGUGGUAUUAAGAUUGGCGUAUGAUGUAGAUCGUGUCGUUCAUGAAGACGCGUGCCUUCAUUCGGAAUGUAAUGACAAGUCUGCGCGUCGUCGUGGAUGACACGAAUUGUAUAAUAAUGUCAAAUGGUUUAUGUUUAAAUGUCGACGUAAAUUUAAUGGCCAUAUUUUUAGAUAAUAUUGUAAGCACCGUAAAACCACCCAACUAUAGUCCAAAGCUCCCAACUAUGGUCCACAAAUAAACUAAAUUUUUCUCGUUCAGGUGUGUAUUUUACUAUAUUUUUGUAGUUCUAAGGCAAAGUAUGUUUAUAAAUGGAAGGUAAAACUAGGAGUAAACCACAAGGAACAUUGGUAUAGAUACUUAAUUUCCUUUUGAACUUGUGGACCAUAGUUGCAGUAUUGGACUAUGGGGUGGUUUUACGGCACUCAUAGAAAACAUGAAAAUGACAUAAAAAUAUUACAAAUGAA